GUCAGCAAAUGGACUUACUCGUUGAUUACCGACGAUAUUGUAGUUUGAAUGACUAGCCUCCACUGACAGUCUUGGAGCCGAAUAAUAUGCUGUGCACCUUUGAGGUGUCUUAACCACCUUUCUCUCCCGUCCUUAAAUAUGAACAAGUAUGAGUUUCAUUUGUCAUGAAAUAAGUCAGCGUUUGUUUAAAUGGGCUCCCUCAUACAAGGGAUGGCUAAUAUGAGAUGUCGCCAACUCUGAAUCAUUUCAAGCAAGUUGAAUAAGAGCCUCCGAGUCAAGUCACGCCUUUGCAAUUCAUAAUUGUUACGGAAUGGACUCAAAUUUAAUAACCCGUGUACAUUGGAAGAUUCUGGGCCACAGUGCUGCAUUUCUCCCUGUAAGCUUUUUCGUAAAACAACAUGGGGUCUCCUCGGUUUCUGCCGUAGCUACAUACGACGUUUCAAGCAAACGUGGGGCACGCAAUGAACUACAACAGCUUGCCAAGCGGCGAGAAGUUUUCACGCGGAACAACAAGGCACGCUCUGUUGCCGCCGUAUUUACUGUUUUCCCUUCGUAUUAUUUAAGACACUUAAGUGUUUCCUCAUACAAAUAUUUACUGCAACUGUGACUUUUCUACUGCUAGACUGUGGUGCAUCUUGACUGGCAUACAAAUUGGGGUUACAGUGAGCCCCCACAUAUUUGCGGUCACAAUUUCUCUUAUUCACGCGAUUCUUUUGAACCUAUUCUCAUUUAUUUGCUAAAAAAAAACGUAGCUAUUCUAUGUUAUUGUGCUUAAACCAAAGCCAUGUCUAAUUUUAAAAUAUUUCCUAGGCACCAUCUCGUCACUUGAUUUUGAGUAACUGCCGAUAUCGAGUCCUGAUUUGAGACCUUGGCAAAGCAUUAAGAAUAAGAAAGCAAGCAUAUCCAAAGUGUCUCAACUGUCAAAAGGCAACUAAAGCCAUUUGUUUCUCCAAGAAUACGUUAAUGUGCCCUCACUACUCUAAAGACACUAUUCUGAUUAAUAUUGCGUUUGUUGAAUAAGAAUUAAGAUGAUGAAUUCAAUAAUUUUCACCCAUCUCAGGGGGCUGCCAUGUUGGGCAAUAUCACCCUGUGCUGUUGUCCGAAAUUAAUGUCACAACUGCUCUCGCGUUUGCGUUGCGACUGUCAUGGGACCAGAGGUGAGUAGACAAGCCAAUUAUUGUACUCAAAUAAGAGUAUUGUUACUUUAGAAUAAUAUGACCCGGGUAGAAAUAAAAAGUAGUCCACAAAAUAAUUACUUGAGUCAGAGUAACAAAGUACUCAUGAAAGCCAUUCAGCAUAAAAUGCUAAAUAUCGGCCGAUACCGAUCAGCCCGAUAAAAUCGGUGUAAAGUCUACUUUCUUGUGUUGUUUGAUUGGUGAACUUGAGUCAAACAUCACUGUGGUUACGUUGGAUUGGUGCAACGGCGCCGUUGUGGAAGUCGAAAACGAAAGUCUAAAAAUAGAUGGAGCACGCAAUAAUUGAUAAAUAAGAGUUAACACCGAUCUGCUCAGCUUGAUCGAUAUCGGCCGAUAAUUAGCAUUUUAUGCUUAUCGGCUGAUCGUCUUUGUCAUUUGCCAAUCCGAUCAAUGACGUCAUUGACCGCCUCCGCAUAAGACAUUUACUCCGCGUCGACAUCGUGUACAGUAUAUACUUGAAUCCGAAAGCUAGUUUAUUUUUAGCCUUCUCGCGUGUCUUUUGUCGUAGUACUGUAAAUAUCUGACCGGCAAUAAAGUUUAAAAAAAAAAAAAAACAACAUGUUGGCGGUGUGGGACAGACAACACGUCUGAGACAGACAACACGUAAUGCCCAGAUCAGACUACAAGACAAAUUUGAUCUUUCACGAUUGUACUAUGUCAGACUACUGCAAUAAAAUCCUGUAUUCUGAUACCACCGCAUCCCGUCUUUUACGAUAACUGGGCUUUAUCUUGUCAACUCAAACGCAACCGGUUACAUUCGUUACCAUAGCGACGACAACAACAAUGGGUCGCGUUGUGUGUAUUAUAAGAACAAAAUGGGGAAAAACGUGUGCUGGUGGUCACCGGUUCUCGGGAGAGGACUUUCAUUCAAGGCUUGCUUGAGGUAUGUUCACAUACUUUUAAUACGAUACGGCUCGCAAGCAGGCAACAAAACGUUAUGUAGCCUAGCAAAGUAGUGCUAGCACGGUUGUACGUAAACAUGCCGGCGUUCGGUCGAAUCAUGCUCUAACCUUUCGGUGUGUGUGAAGUAAUUUAAUUACAAUAAAGUAAUUUAAUUACAGUAAGUUAGCACCCAUUAUUUCUGUUAUCUUGUAAUGUUGGUUUGACCUGACUGAUUAGAAUACAUGACUUGAAUAGAGAAUACUUUAAAAUACUCAGUAUACAGUACACAAGUAUAUACAGUUAAUGAACAAGUCAUUUAAAUAGACACAUUGCUCCAUCUUGUGAUCGGAUCGGUGAUUGGUUAUCGUUUUUUUAAACGUGUUGAUCGGUGAUCGGCCACAAAAAUCCUGGUCGUGUAAAGCCUAAUAAAUUACAGUAGCGAGUGGCAAGUAUAUCAUUGUAGAUUAAAAGUAUUGUUUCCUCUUACAUAAAUACUCAAGUAAAAGGUAUGAUGCAUUAAAACUACUCUGACAAGUACAAUUUCUCCAAACUGUGACUUGAGUAAAUGUAACAGCGUAAAUGUAGCACCCUACCCACCUCUGCCCGUGACUAAACCAGGAAAACAGAUUAGCGGACUCCCCGCGUAUUUUGCUAUAACUAGCAUAACUACGGGUUGAUGACAUGAAUUAAUUUGCGUAGGAAUGGAGCUAACCCAAUAGCACACCCAUCAAAAUUACGAUAUACAGUGGGUACGGAAAGUAUUCAUACCCCCUUAAAUUUUUACUCUUUGUUAUAUUGCAGCUAUUUGCUGAAAUCAUUUAUUUUUUUCCCGCAAUGUACACACAGGACCCCAUAUUGACAGAAAAAAAUGGAAUUGUUGAAAUUUUUGCAGAUUUAUUAAAGAAAAACUCAAAUAUCACACAGCCAUAAGUAUUCAGACCCUUUGCUGUGACACUCACAUAUUUAACUCGGGUGCUGUCCAUUUGUUCUGAUCAUCCUUGAGCUGGUUCUACACCUUCAUUCUUGUCCCGCUGUGUUUGAUUAUACUGAUUGGACUUGAUUAGGAAAGCCACACACCUGUCAAUAUAAGACCUUACAGCUCACAGUGCAUGCCAGAGCAAAUGAGAAUCAUGAGGUCAAAGGAACUGCCUGAAGCGCUCAGAGACAGAAUUGUGGCAAGGCACAAGAUCUGGCCAAGGUUACAAACAAAAAUUCUGCUGCACUUAAGGUUCCUAAGAGCACAGUGGCCUCCAUAAUGAUUAAAUAUAAGUCGUUUGGGACGACCAGAACCCUUCCUCGAGCUGGCCGUUCGGACAAACUGAGCAAUCGGGGGGGAUAAGAGCCUUGGUGAGAGAGGUAAAGAAGAACCCAAAGAUCACUGUGGUUGAGCUCCAGAAAUGCAGUCGGGAGAUGGGAGAAAGUUGUAGAAAGUCAACCAUCAUUGCAGCCCUCCACCAGUCGGGGCUUUAUGGCAGAGUGGCCCGACGGAAGCCUCUCCUCAGUGCAAGACGCAUGAAAGCCCGCAAGGAGUUUGCUAAAAAACACCUGAAGGACUCCAAGGUGGUGAGAAAUAAGAUUAUCUGGUCUGAUGAGACCUUUUGGCCUUAAUUCUAAGCGGUAUGUGUGGAGAAAAACGGGCACUCCUCAUCACCUGUCCAAUACAGUCUCAACAGUGAAACAUGGUGGUGGCAGCAUCAUGCUGUGGGGGUGUUUUUCAGCUGCAAGGACAGGAUGACUGGUUGCAAUCGAAGGAAAGAUGAAUGCAGCAAAGUACAGGGAUAUCCUGAACGAAAACCUUCUCCAGAGUGCUCAGGACCUCAUACUGGGCCGCAGGUUCACCUUCCAACAAGACAAUGACCCGAAACACACAGCUAAAAUAACAAAGGAGUGGCAUCAGAACAACUUAAUGACUGUUCUUGAACGGUCCAGCCAGAGUCCUGACUGAAACCCAAUUGAGCAUCUCUGGGAGACCUGAAAAUGGCUGUCCACCAACGUUCACCAUCCAACCUGACAGAACUGGAGAGGAUCUGCAAGGAGGAAUAGCAGAGGAUCCCCAAAUCCAGGUGCGAAAAACUUGUUGCAUCAUUCCCCAAAAGACUCAUGGCUGUAUUAGCUCAAAAGGGUGCUUCUACUAAAUACUGAACAAAGGGUCUGAAUACUAAUAUCUGUGUUAUUUCAGUUUUUCUUUUUUAAUAAAUCUGCAAAAAUUUUAACAAUUCCAUUUUUUUCUGUCAAUAUGGGGUGCUGUAUGUACAUUAAUGAGGAAAAAAAUGAACUUAAAUGAUUUUAACAAAUGGCUGCAAUAUAACAAAGAGUGACACAUUUAAGGGGGUCUUAAUACUUUCCGUACCCACUGUACAUGAACAAUACACGAUUAUAUGGUACAGUAGAUGUUUUUCUAUCACGCAACUUUUGUUUUGCUUAGAAGCAACAUCAUUGGCCAGCAGCUUUGUAUAGGGUGUUGCUUGAUGAGCACACCUGCUUUGAUGGACUUGUUUAAUAUAGUUCCUGUUCUUUUGUCAAUCACCUCACCCAGUAAUGUUAGGUAACUUGUGGUCUCUUAUUCUGAGUUAAUGUAUGAACAAUUAGGUGCUGUACUACCGGUCUUAAAAAGUUGCAGCUUGAAUACUAGACAUGCAUUUUUGUCGAGUCACAGCCCUUGUGUGGAUGUGGUUUUCUGCCUCUUUUUUUUUUGUUCACGCCACGCCACCACACCAACCCGAAACGUUACACUGUAUAAUAUAAAACGAAGCUAUUGAUGUUCCAUUUGGAAGAUGUUCCCUUUUUUGUCGAAAAUAAAACUCAUCUUUUUCACCUGAUACCGAUCAGCUAGAAAUUCCAUGAUCAGCUAAAAAAGAAAAAAGUAUUUUGCUGCCAUCUUUUGACAUCUCUAAACUUUACAAACCUUUAUAUUUGGGCAGAUUUUUGCAAUCCGCUGCAGGGCUUGGUCACUAUCCCCUGCGAGUAGUGGAGGUUCACUGUACAUUGCAACAAUAGGAAUGGAAUUCCGUUGUAAAUUGAAAAUUCCUGUGCAAUAAAUUCUUUGUCUUCAGCAUGUUCCCGAGUAUACGUGUUCAGUUCAGCCUCCUGUGUGGUAUUUGGGCUCUGGUUACUGGAAGCGCUGCAUGCCAGCAGCGUCCUCCGCCACUGCUGCUUGUAUCGUUUGACGGCUUCCGAGCAGACUAUCUGCAGAGGUUCCCUAUGCAUAACCUGACACUCCUGUACAGUCAAGGGGUCCUGGUGGAGGAGCUCACCAAUGUCUUCAUCACAAAGACCUUUCCCAAUCACUACAGCCUGGUGACGGGACUCUAUGCAGAGUCUCACGGUAUCCUUGCCAGCUCAAUGUACGACCCCAUCAGGCACAAGCACUUCCACGUGAGCAAUCGCAGCGACGCAAUGUGGUGGAAUGAGGCGACACCUAUCUGGAUCUCAGCACAUCAAGCAGGCUACAAGACGGCGGUCGCCAUGUGGCCUGGCUCCGACGUGGCUAUCCACAAUCAAACGCCAACGCACUUCUUUCCUUACAGCCCCGAUGUGACCUUCCGGGAACGGUUGGGCAAUGUGACAAACUGGUUGCUGGGAAGUGAGAAGGUUGAUGACAACAUUGGCCUGCUGAAGUCUGAACUGAAGCGGACCGGCCUGUGGGGUCGCGUGAACGUCCUGGUGACCAGUGACCACGGCAUGGCUCAGUGCUCGGCCGAUCGUCUCAUACGACUGGAUGACUGCUUGCACCCCGACAACUACACAGUGGUGGACCUUACUCCUGUUGCCGCCCUCAUCCCAAACAAUAAGCCAGAGGCUGUCUUUGCCCUGCUUGACAAGUGCCAUACCCACAUGACUGCCUAUUUAAAGGAGGCCAUCCCAGAUAGUUUGCACUACCGCAACAAUGAACGCAUCCAACCCAUCAUACUGAUUGCUGAUGAGGGAUGGACUAUAAUACAGCGAGGGAACAAACUGCCGAGACUGGGUGAUCACGGCUACGACAACUCCUUACCCAGCAUGCACCCCUUCAUGGCAGCUUGGGGGCCCAGCUUCCGGAGUGGAUACCGGCUGAAGAGUUUGCAGAGCGUGGACCUUUACCCACUCAUGUGCCACCUGCUAGCUUUGGCCCCGCAGCCCAACAAUGGUACCCUGGCCAAGGCUCGGUGUAUGCUCGUGGGUGAAUGCUGGCAGGAUGGGCUGGCGCUCAUCGGUCUGGUGUUGGGUAUCUUAAUUGUGUUCGCUACUAUACCUGUUCUGUUGAAGCUGAUGGUACGCCGGCUACGGCCUUCCACUUCCUCAGCGUUCCGCAGACUUCAAGUUGACCGCAGCAAUGAUGAGGAGGAAUCCCUGCUGGAGUAACAUCUCUCAAGCUUUGCCUGCUCAUGCACUUUACCCACUGAGGUGGAAGAAGCAAACACAUUUAGAGCAACUGACUGUUACUUACACUGUUACUUAAAAGGCUGGUUGAGGAGAUGUCAAAUGAAGGAGUUAAACCUGUAUGGCAGACACUUUGACUGUGGAGUAGAAGGCAGAUUCAAACAAGUUCGUCUUCAUAUUCAAGAUUCAGCUGUUUUUUGUUUCCUUUUCCUUAAGCCAAACCUAAUUAUUACCCUACCCAAGUGAAACGAACAAACAAAAAAAUCAUGCCAAACAGGCUUCCAAGAUUCAGGGUGCAAAGACAACACACAGAAUGAUGGGGUAAUCAAUCAUCUAAAAAAAAACACUUUUGUUUUUGAUUAAUAGAAUCAUGCAAAAGUUUUUUUUUGUUUUGGUAAGGUUAAUUUUUCAUUCAGCUCUAGUUCUAUUUUAUUUAUGUAUUUGUCGUACAACUUUUAGUCAGCAGUGGGGGUUAAUAGCUCAAUUGUGCAAUCAUUACGGCAGCUCUUCUCCAACCUUUCACAACAGUACCACAUAAUAUAAUUCUGAGUGUUCCAAUUACCACCACCUUGACCAAAAUGACAAUAUGGUAGUGUAGUAGGUGUAAGUGUUCAUGAAAAUGAUAUUGAAAGGUCAUAUGACAUCAUGUACAGUUUAAACUUUAACAAUGUGCCUAAAUAUAGGAAAAUUGUUCUAAAACGUUAAGUACAACUGCAAUAAGCUAUUGCACGGACGCUUGAAAUUAUUUGAUGUGGUAAUUCAUACGAUAAUGAAAUGACCGUGGUAUGUGUUGCACAAUUCCGUCCAAUAAGAAGCUGUAGUACGCAGAAGUGCCCCCAAUUAAAUAGGUCAAUUUGCUGAUUUGAGGAGAGUUAUUUUCUAUGCAAAAUUACACUGAAAUAGUUUUCUCAGGGAUCUAAUCUAGGUACAGAUGAUACCAAAGUACAAUCAGCAGGGGAAAAAAAAUACUUAAGUCCUUCUGUUGCAGUGGAUUUGUUUUCAAUGUUUUUUUUAAGUUGGAAUAUCACUUUGCUUUCUGUUCUGUAGUAUUUGUGCCAUCCUUUAAGAACUGUUAAGACACAACAAAUGACAUUACUUUCUAGUGGUCUUCUAUGAUUGCCAUCCUCAACAGUAGGCAUUGAGUGAGCAUGAUGGUGGGAUAUGGUGGUUUGUCAAAUAUGCCAGUUUUGAAUGUGUGUCUGGCCUUCUCUGAUGUUGAAGUUUGUCUUUUGUCUAAUAUUAAGCUACAUGUUUUACACGUUGUUUGAGAUCCAGUUUUUUUUUUUGGCAUUUUGUGUAGGCAUUUUCAGGCCUGAAAGAGAUUCUAGUGAUGACAUGAGAUUGUUAUUGUCAAUAAACUCCCUGGGAUUUUU